AUGACUUCUGAAAAGGUACCCCCUGCUGAGAUGCAUUUCAUCGUCCAAAACGUGUCUAAAAAACACAACAUCGGCACCAUCUGUCGCAACUGCACCGCGUUUGAUGUGAAAUCCAUGCACUUGGUUGGAUCCGCGCAUUACAACGUUUUUGGGUCGCAAGGAUCGGACGCGCACGUGAAGAUUGAACACCAUCCAACGUUGGAGGAAUGCAGGGAGACGAUGAGAGAGACUUAUAAUGUUGAGGAGAUUUUAGGGGUGGAGAUUACCGAGGAGAGCGUGGACGUGGCGAAGUAUCCGUGGAAAGGCAACACGGCUUUUGUUUUAGGUAACGAAGGCCACGGGAUGACCCCUCAACAAAAGAAAAUCUGCGACGGUUUCGUCUACAUAAAGCAAUACGGCGCAGGUACGGCGUCUCUAAACGUCGCAGUCGCGUCGAGCAUCGUCAUGCACGAAUUCGCAAAAUAUCACAACUAUUCCGAACGCGCUCGCGAGGGGGAAAAAUUUAUCGUCGCCGAGAAGCCGCUUUCGCGCCGGCCGAAAGGCGUCGCCGUCGGGGUCGGUUGGACGCCGGAAAUCGCGCGCAAAGAGCGGGAAAUGAGAAGAAGACAAGCGGAGAACGAAAAAGAAAGCGAGAACGACGAGAACGAGUGUGUUUUUGGUGAUGAUAAAGGCAUCGCAGAGUAUUAG